AUGGCUGACAAUCCCUCUGAUACCCCAACGACCAUAGCCAGACCAACAACCACACAACCGUAUGGUUUUAUUGUCACACCCUUCACACCGCCAGAUUAUUGCUCCACUCCCAUUCGAGAUUGCCCUGGAAGGUCUGGCUUCUGCAGAUGGUUUGAACGAGAUCGAACGUGCGGAUCCGACGGCAGAGCAACCAUAGCAAGCGAGUGCUUCCCGCCAGGCACCGGAUCUCUCGAUUCCUAUCUUUCUACUUAUUCGGAAAUUUUGUAUGCUUCUGCUAGCAAUUGCCCAGAGGGGUGGCAUAACGUUGGAACUAUUAGCACACGAUCUACCCACACCGUAGUUGCAUGUUGCCCUUCUUCUUAUAGGGGAGUGACAGGAGACGAUGACGGUAACAUAGGUCCCACCUGUGUUAGUAAUGUCGAUCCAGCGUCCAGUACAGUAGUCCAGAUCAUUUGUAUAGGAGAUGCAAGCCCAAUCACUACUACGAGCACUCGCCCUAGUGCUGAUGGAAUCAAUGACGUCUGGGCAGACCAGAUACAUCUCAUCUUACCUCAAUCCGAAUCUGCAUCGACGACAGACGACCCUUCUUCCACCUCAGCAAGCACCGCAUUUGCAUUACCAACGUCAGAAACCACUCCCCCAGCAACCGACUCAUCAAGCAAAUCGCCAUUACCAAAAGGCGCGAUCGCCGGCAUCGCGGUGGGCUUCGCCAUUCUUUUGUUAAUAGCCUUGUGCACGCCCGUCUGGGUGCUUCAUCGGCGGAAGCAACGACAACAUACUGACAUUGGUACAAAGAAACGAAUACCAUUCGAUUUUUCAUCGUUGCCGGAGCUUGUGGGCAUAAAGGGGAAUGGGGGUUCGAGCACGGAAAUGAGUCUGGGUCAUCCGAAUGAUGUCGUUCCGCGUGACGGGGAGAUGGGAGCGUCGUCCACGCCGAUAACACGGUAG